CGUGAACGGCCAACGUGACGACUUAGAGUCGUGCUGCUACCGUAAAACCAACAGCCACAUUUUGCUUUCCGACGACAACACAGGGGCAAGGCAUCACAACUUCUGAACCAGACGAGUAUAUUCAUUCAUCAUCGCCUUGAUAGUCUUCAUUCAUCGCUUUGCUAGUCUUCAUCCAUCAACCAUGAUUUCCCGAGUGUUUCUAGCGACUUGUCUCUUGGUGCUUUCCUAUGCGUCCUCUGCUUUCGGAAACCCACAAGCUUUCUUCUCCUCCAGUGCCAUUAUGGAGUUGGAUUGGGUUGCCAACAACGUCAGUUCCUUGAAUCUCCAAGAGAUCAACGAGUUUGAGAGCGCCAUUGUCGUUCUCCUUCACACAACAAUGAAGAAAGAAAGCGAAUCCGAUGUUGGUCUUCUCCCAGAACAGCAAGUCUUGGCUGUGGACUUGCAUGUCAAAAACGUCACUAGACAGGAGUCCAACUUUCACAUGAAUGCUGUAGUAGAUGUACUCUACGUGGCAAAGGCAGGAGUUCCGGACAUGGCAUCCAUCCUGAUUCGAUUGUCUCGAAAAGAAAACGUCGCGGAUAUGCUGUUGGAUGACAUCUACGAUAUUCUCGGAGGAUCUGCAGAAUCUGUCGUUAUCAACUUCAAAACGGCAGAGCCACCGGCACAAAAGCUGUGGCAAGUCGAGGAUGAUGGAAUCUCCAAGGAAAAAGCCGACAAGACACUCAUCUUGGCCUGCACACUCCUCUGUGCUUCCUUGGUACUCGUAAUAUCGGUCCUCGUGUACGUAGCUGGUGGAUGGCGCGAUCUUCGAGAAAAGCUUGACGAGCAAAUUGAUUGGUUCAAAAACCAACGUAACACCUACAGUGCCGACGAGGACGAUGACGAGGAAUCUGGAGGAGUCGAUGUUGCCGACUCACAGAGCUACGAAGGCGAUGAGGAUGACGAGGACGAAGAUGAUGACGACAAUGCAACCGCUCCCAGUGGCAUCAUUGGAGCUUCUAGCAAGGAGGAAAACGCUGCAGAAGGAUUGGGCAUCAACCGCACACCAGAAAGAGGGAUCACAGACGACGGAUACGACACCACUCCCUUUAGUGAAAUGAGUGCCUACACGGAUACCUCACGUGCCCCUCUGGGAAUCACAUCCAUGAGAAAGAUGAGAAACCCCAACGACAAAAUGAUGUCCUUGCCGCCACUGGCUUACCAGUAAACAGACAAGUGACAGUGAUCGCUAAGACAACGAAAACAAACGACAGCACGAGCCUUCAUUCCUCCUCGCUCAAUAUGGUCGUCUUCAUCGAAUGUUGUCGACUGUUCUUCCAAGCUCCCAUUAGCUUUGAAAGCAACCUUUUUCAUUUGUAACAACCUAGUAACUGCAUUUCAUUGUGCUGU